AUGUCCAACCCCAGAGUUUACUUCGACAUCACCAUUGGCGGUGCGCCCGCGGGCCGCAUUGUCAUGGAGCUUUUCGCCGACCAGACCCCCAAGACCGCCGAGAACUUCCGCGCUCUCUGCACCGGCGAGAAGGGCACUGGCCGCUCCGGCAAGCCCCUCCACUACCAGGGCUCCAGCUUCCACCGUGUCAUCCCCCAGUUCAUGCUUCAGGGUGGUGACUUCACCCGCGGCAACGGCACCGGUGGUGAGAGCAUCUACGGCGAGAAGUUCGAGGACGAGAACUUCAACCUGAGGCACACUGGCCCUGGUAUCCUCUCCAUGGCUAACGCCGGACCUGGCACCAACGGCUCCCAGUUCUUCAUCUGCACCGUCAAGACCUCCUGGUUGGACGGCAAGCACGUCGUCUUCGGCAAGGUUGUCGAGGGUCUUGACGUCGUCCAGGCCAUCGAGAAGGUCGGCUCCGGCAGCGGCGCCACCUCCAAGGCGGUCACUAUCGCCAAGUCUGGCCAG